AUGGCAAUGCAAUACAGUAGGAGGAUUCUCUUCACUCUUGUUGUGCUACUGCUGAUUGCUUGUAUACUCUUCGUACAAAGCAGUGCUGUCUUCGGAGAAGAAGAAAAACCAGCUACAGAAAAGAAACCAGAAACCACACCACCACAACCUGUAAAUACAAGUAACGAAAGUAGGCAAGAAUCGGUGAAUGUUUUUCUCAUAACUGCAACCAUGCUGGUCAUCAUCUUUGCUACUUAUUUCUUUCUUCAAUUUAAAAUUAAUUUUCUUCCCGAUAGUAUAAUUACAAUAGCUAUCGGAAUGAUAAUGGGUUUAGUUAUUAGCUACUUUGGUAUUGAAAGUGGAAACAUUUUUAAAUUAGAAAGUGACAUUUUCUUCCUCUUUUUACUUCCUCCUAUUAUUUUCGAGUCUGGGUAUAAUUUAUCAAAAGGAAACUUCUUUGGAAAUAUUAUUAGUAUUCUAUGGUAUGCAAUAGCUGGAACAAUUAUAUCUACAUUAGUAAUCGGUAUAGGAAUUGGAAUAUUUGGGAUAAUACCUUGGAUUGAUUCAUUUGCAUUUGCAAGUCUUAUUUCUAGUGUGGAUCCUAUUGCUGCUUUAACAGUAUUCAGUGGAAUUAAGGAAGACUUUGGGGAGAAGAGAACUGGUAAAAUAUCUAUUUUAGUAUUUGGAGAAAGUACAUUGAACGAUGUUGCAGCAAUGCUUUUAUUUAGAUCCUUUGAUACAUAUGCUAGAUUUCCAUCAGCGAAAACCAUUUCAUUCUCUUCAUCCGCCAUUAGCUUUAUGAACCAUUUAUUAUUGUCAUUCUUUGGAUCUUUAAUUAUUGGAGUGGUGAUCGCUCUUCUUUCUGCAUUAAUCUUUAAAUACCUCCAAUUUUACAAAUAUCCUUCAUUGGAAAUUACCCUAAUGGUUAUCACCUCCGUUCUCCCUUACUUUUUAUCUGAAGGUUUGGAAUUAUCAGGAAUCCUUGCUCUGCUAUCAUCCUCAAUUGUGAACAGUCACUAUACGAGACUCAAUUUGAGUAAGAAAACUAGUAUUACCAUCGAUCAGGCCCUAAUGAUGUUCUCAUACAUUUGUGAGACAAUAGUAUUUUUAUAUCUGGGAUUAGCAACAUUUACUUACACUCAUAGAUUCCACUUUGGAAUGAUUUUCUUGGCAAUUAUUCUUUGCAUUUUAGGAAGAAUUGCAAAUAUUUUCCCAAUUACAUACAUUCUCAAUAACUUUUUCGAUGCCAAAAUAUCUAAAAAUUCACAACUUAUAUUGACAUGGUGUGGAAUGCGUGGUGUUAUUUCUCUUGCCCUUGCAUUGAGUCUUACUGAAACAGAAUACAAAAAUACCAUAGUAACCACAACUCUUGUGGUCGUGUUAUUGUCAAUUCUCGUUUUUGGGGGAGGUAUCUCACCACUUAUCAGAUACUUGUAUAGAAAUGACACUGAAAGCAAUAAUUCAAACACUCCAACCAGAGAAAUUCCAACACUGGACCACAAUGAGGAAGAAUCAUCCAUUGACAAGUUAGAUAAGGAAUACUUUUUACCAUUCUUUACAACCAAUGAUCCAAAUAGAUCAGAAGUACCAAGUAACAAGAAACCAAUAGUUCAAAUGGCAGAAAUUCUUAGUGAUGAAUCCGAUGAUGAUUUGGAAGUUUCAAUUAGACCAUCCAAAAAUUAA